UGACGCCAUCUUUCUGUUUGACACGGGAACUACGUCACCUUCCUUUUCCGCCGCGGCUCCGGCGCCUUAAACACGAGUGUUCAUCUUUUCUCUCUUUACGUGCGACGCAGUGAAAAUACUGGAGAGAGUGGCAACACAUAGCUGACAAAAAUGAAACCCAUCCUGCUCCAGGGCCAUGAGAGGUCCAUCACUCAGAUCAAGUACAACAGAGAGGGAGACCUGCUGUUCUCUGUGGCUAAAGAUACGGUAACCAACGUGUGGUACUCUGUCAAUGGUGAGAGGCUCGGCACCUACAAUGGACACACAGGAGCCGUGUGGUGUGUUGACUGUGACUGGGACACUAAAAACGUAUUGACGGGAUCAGCAGACAACAGUUGUCGACUGUGGGACUGUGAGACCGGUAAACAGCUGGCCCUGCUCCACACCAACUCUGCUGUUAGGACUUGCGGCUUCGACUUCAGCGGCAACAUCAUCAUGUUCUCCACAGACAAGCAGAUGGGUUACCAGUGCUACCUGAACUUCUUCGACCUGAGGGAUCCACAGCAGAUUGAUGACAACCAGCCCUACCUGUCGAUACCCUGCAGUGAGCACAAGAUCACCAGUGCUGUGUGGGGACCUCUGGGAGAGUUUGUCAAUGCCGGCCAUGAGAACGGAGAGAUCAACCAGUUCAGUGCCAAGUCUGGAGAGGUCCUGAAGAAGGCCAAGGAGCACACCAAGCAGAUCAAUGACAUCCAGACAUCAGUGGAUCUCACUAUGUUCAUCAGUGCCUCAAAGGACAACACUGCCAAGCUGUUUGACUCAGCUUCUCUGGAUCACAUCAAGACUUUCAAGACAGAGAGACCUGUCAACUCUGCUGCUAUCUCGCCCAUUAUGGAUCAUGUGGUGAUGGGAGGUGGACAGGAAGCCAUGGAGGUCACCACUACCUCCACCAGGAUUGGCAAGUUUGAGGCCAGGUUCUUCCAUGCUGCCUAUGAAGAGGAGUUUGGCAGGGUCAAAGGGCAUUUUGGCCCCAUCAACUGUGUGGCAUUCCACCCCGAUGGCAAGAGUUACAGCAGUGGAGGAGAAGACGGAUAUGUAAGGAUUCAUUACUUUGACCCACAGUACUUUGAUUUUGAGCUGGAGGCAUAAACAGUCAGGCUCCUCAACCCCACAGCUUUGACUACCAUCACACUCAGUCCAGUCAGGAAGAGGGAGAAACACACUGGAGUCACAGAUUACUUCAAAUAAAGAAAGAGGUCACAAGAGGUGACUGCUUUUGACUGAG